CUGGCUGUGCAGUGAACCGGGGAAACUGCGCUGUCGCUGCUUAAGUGGGGGAUUGGGUUGCCAGGUGCCGCGGCGUCUCUGUGAAUGUGGUCUUGCUGUCACAGAACGGGCGCGCACGAUUUGUCGUUGCAUUCAGUUCAUUUGAGUCGUUUUCACAAUUGUUCGCCAUGAGGUGUUAUUUAAGGGGCAGAACCACUAUGUAGAGUGUUUACUUUCUCUGUCGCAUGAAGAAGCAUCAGCGAGUGUCACACCGUAAACGGUCCGGGUCGGUAUACGAUAUACAUUAUGUUUAACAGCUGGGGCGUUGUUGCCGGAAGAAGGAAGCAAAAUGAGCGAGAGCGUUCUGUCGGAGCUCAAGAGCAGAGUAGCUUCAUAUAUAGAUGAAGCCCGAGAGAAGCUGCAGCGGCUCAGUGACGACAUUUGGAAGUGUCCAGAAGUGGCUUAUGAAGAGGAGCAGUCCCAUGACACGCUGGUAGCGUUCUUCAGCGGGGAGGAAGGAUGGAUGGUUGAGCCACACUUCAAACUCCCAACUGCUUUCCGAGCCACUUUUCGGACGAAAGCAGGUGGUCAGCGGAGGGGCGAGGUUCACGUGGGUUUCCUGUGCGAGUACGACGCUCUUCCUGGCAUCGGGCACGCGUGUGGACACAACCUGAUCGCUGAAGUUGGAGCCGCAGCCGCAGUGGGACUCAAGGCUGUACUGGUGGAGUCCGACCAACUUCCGGUGCAGCUAACGGUUCUGGGGACCCCAGCUGAGGAGGAUGGUGGGGGUAAAAUCGACCUGAUGAAGGAGGGUGUGUUCGAUGACAUGGAUGUAGUUUUCAUGGCUCACCCCCUGCACGCCGAUGCGCCAUAUCUCCCCCUGGUGGCUGAGCGCGAUGUGAGCAUCAGGUAUCACGGGAAGGAGUCUCAUGCAUCUGGUUACCCGUGGAAUGGCAUCAACGCCCUGGAUGCAGCAGUCCUCUGCUACAACAACUUGUCAGUGCUCAGACAACAGAUGAAGCCAGACUGGAGACUUCAUGGGAUCAUCAAACAUGGAGGAGUGAAGCCCAACAUCAUUCCUGCCUAUACAGAGCUGGAGUUCUACCUGAGGACGCCCUCACGCUCUGAGCUCUCCACGCUCAAGACAAAAGCUGAGGCGUGUUUUCAGGCGGCAGCUAUGGCAACCGGAUGUGAGGUGGAGGUGCAGUUUGCAAAAAAUACUUUUGAUAACAUUCUGCGGAACACAACGUUGGAGACGCUGUAUGAGAUGAACGGCAAGAGUUUGGGCAUCGAUUUCACUACAGAUGAAGAAGUUCUGACUCACGCCUCAGGGUCCUCCGACUUCGGCAACGUCACGUUUGUGGUGCCCGGGAUUCACCCGUACUUCUCCAUCGGGUCGGACGCCCUGGUCCACACGGAAGAAUACACACCUGCUGCAGGCGACGUCAAAGCUCAGUUCUACACCCUGCGGGCCGCCAAAGCUCUGGCCAUGACUGCGCUGGAUGUGCUGAUGUGUCCAGAGCUGCUCCAGAAAGUGAAGCAAGAAUUCACCGAGGCAAAAAUGAAUGAGGAAAAAUAAAUAAAUAUUCAGUUUAGAUAU